UUUUGGCAAUUGAUUGUGCGGCAUGGAGAGUUCAUGCCCCUGUCGCAUCGAGAGAGAGCUAGCCAAUCUCCACCAGCCGCUGCUGCACAACAUGGUCCCUCCCACGCCACGAAGAACCACCCAACAACAGUCAAGGUGCCAGAGUGGUUAAUGGGCUGCCCUGCUAUCAGAUCUUCUGAUGUCAGCUUAGGCAGUGGCUUCGGUCGCGCAGGAAACCGUCCUUGUUGUACUCAUGUGGGAUGGAUGUGUCGCAUUCCUUCAAAAAGCAAGGAAGACGGCACCAGGGAUGCCUUGUUGGUUGGGACACGUCUGGUGGGCCUCGUUCGGUGGAAUUGACUGCGAAGCAAUGACCUUUUCAAUUUUCCCGUCUAUCAUCAGGCGCGUCCUGGGGGCUGCCUGCAAUGCCUGUCACCUAAUAUCCUCUUACUUCGUCAAAGCGGUACAACCACGAAGCGCAACGAAUGUGGCCGGCCGACUUCCCCAGUGCCAUACCAACACGGCUUCCCACGCAACAUCAAUAGGCGCCGCUUUCGAUUCGACCUACGCCGGAGCGCUAGGUUGCAGCUGUUUUACUUUGUCUGUACGAAGAAACGGCGGACGCCUCGCCGGGGAGUCAAUCGGAGACGUGAGGGUUGCAUCCGCAGCGCCAGCAACCCCAAAAAGGAAUGUCAUCAAUCCCCUUUCAACCAUCCUGCCAAACAAUCAACUUUUGGUCGUCGAGAUGCCACGGGCAUGCAUGGGUAGCCUAAACUUUGGGUGCUGCCGAGUUAUCCGGUGGUGAUCGUUUGCGCCUCCCUUCUUGGCAUCGGCUUCCGCUCCUAGGCAUGCAGGCAAUGACGGCUAAAUGCAACUGUUUGAACUUUGAAGGCCAGGAUUCCAGAACGCAUCUGGCUUUGGAGAGUGCACGGGGAUUGGGGAGGAGGAGACCUCUAGCAGAUUUUCUCAGGUCCUCUGGGUACCUUCGCAUCACUCCAGUCAUCUUCACUGCCUACAUUCGAAGGAGCCGACGGACGGAAAAGGACCCCCGAUGUUAAACUCCGGU